AAUUCAUCAAAACUUCUAACACUCAUUCGAAAAUACCCAAAAAAUUUCUUUGGAUGUUCCCGAAGUUUAUGAAACAUGGUUAAAAUUCUUUUCGCUUUUUUUCUCUUUUGAGUUUCCUUAUAAGCUCACAGAUGACGACCGAGACGGUCGAAAUCCAAAUGAAGCUUUAAAAAAAAAUUGUCACUGUCACCUUUCGUGAGCGCACCCCGCUUUGGUGGCGUGACGUGACAGCGACAAAAACUUUUUUGUCAUGUUGACAAAAGUCACCGGUGCGCGCUAGCUCUAACUGGAUUGUUUUAAGAAAGCUCAUGAUAGGCCUCGAGAAAUGAACAAUUGACUCGAGAGUCGCAAUCGCGAAGUCUGUGGCGUUUAAAAAAAUGUUAAUUGUGAUAUUGACAUUUAAGUAGUGACGUUGACGUAGUGAUAACUGGGAAUCAAUUAUUGGAAUUUGUAAUAAAUUAACCUGAAUUUAUUUAAUGUAAAGAAAAUGAAUUUUUUGACAAUAAAAUUAUGUAACCAUGUUAUUACACAUACUAUGAGGAGUAUUCAAAAUUGUUGCAUUGGAUCUACCCCUAAACAUCUCAUUUGCUUCAAAGACUGGACUGGUGAUAUGAUUAUGGAAAUAAUAAACAGCGCACUAAGAUUAAAGUGUAAUUUAAUUGACACACAUGGAAAGCGAUUGGAUUUGUUGGAAAAUUCAAAGAUAAUGAUACUACAAGAAGUCAAUGCACCAGUGUUAAACAUGGCUGUCUCUAAAGCAGCAACUUUACUCGGCGCUGAUGCGGUUAAUAUUGUAGAUCGACUGAUUUGGAACCAUGAUUAUAAUGGCCGAGUAUUUUCAUUUAUGGCGGAUGCGAUUUUCGUAGCAACAUCUACACAUACAUGCCUUCAAAGAUUUGCGAAGCAAUCUUUGGUGCCCGUGAUAUGUAUGACAUCUAGAACACAUUCUACUAUACAAGCAAUGGCUACUAUCAUGACGAUUAUUGAAGAAUUUGGGACAAUAAGAAAAUUAAACAUAGCAUAUUUUGGUUCUCCCCAUCCAGUUCUUAACUCAUAUUUGUUGCUUUGUCCAAUUCUUGGAGCGAAUAUCAAAUUUAAAUGUUCCUGUUCUAAACAACCAGUAAGCCCUCUUCUAUACAAGGCAGGUGAGACACUAUGUUCACAAUCCCACACCAGCCUUGAAGCAUGCACAGACAAAAACAAAGCUCUUUGUAAGGCUGAUGUUAUCAUAGCCGGUCCAGAAAAUGCCCAAAAGUUGAGUGAAUUUAAGCUAUGUGGCCAGGAUAUAGAAAAACUAGCUUGCCCCUCAUGGAUAUUUCUUCAUACUUGUCCAAGGGGCAAAGAAGUAGAUGACAACCUUUUUUUCCAUGAUCGUGCAAGAACAUUUAAAGCGUUUGAAAAUUUUCAAUACAUUGCUGCAGCCCUAAUGGCAUCAACAAUAAAGGAUCAUACAUUUUGAUAACCUUCUUGUAUAUAAAAAAAUUGAUAAGACAAGGAUAAUUGGGGGAAAU